GCUGGUGUCCGCCGGGGCGGGCGGCUUCGGUGCGCUCCCCGUACAGGGGCUGCGGGGCCGGGGCUGGCGGCACACAUGGAUGACAGCAAGGUGGUUGGAGGCAAGGUAAAGAAACCAGGCAAGCGAGGUCGUAAACCAGCCAAAAUAGACUUGAAGGCAAAACUUGAAAGAAGUCGUCAGAGUGCAAGAGAGUGCAGAGCCAGGAAGAAGCUGAGGUACCAGUACCUGGAAGAGCUGGUUUCAAGCAGAGAGCGAGCCAUCUGUGCUCUCAGAGAAGAGCUUGAAAUGUACAAGCAGUGGUGCAUGGCGAUGGACCAAGGGAAAAUCCCCUCUGAAAUAAAAGCCCUGCUAACUGGAGAGGAGCAAGGCAAAGCACAGCAGAACUCAACCAAACUUGUCAAGGCUGGGAAGACAGAAGCAAACAGCAGCAAUCCUUGCCUGUGGAGACCUGUGAAGACCUGAGACCGUACUCUUUUACAGUGUUUUCUGUUUUCCUAAUGCAAGGAGGCCAAUGCAGAACCUUCCGCACUGCAGCAGAGAUAGCUUGGUAGCUAGCAGAAGAACGCUGUUGUGAGAGAAGUGGAUGCAUCCCCAGAUGCAGGGGGAAGGAUCCCAGUCCGCUGUCUUCUCUUUGCUCCUCCCCACAUGAAACUCUUUGAUUGUGGUGUUCCUAAGCCUGCAUGGAGUGGGGCUUUUGGGGUAAUAGGUGUUUGUGUAAGCGGAGCCUUGUUCUUCCUUUCUCUACGCCACCCUCCCCAAAUACAGCUAUGGCAGCUUUUGGGCAUUCCCAAUAAGAGAUGGGGGCUGCUUUUGUGUCAGAGCCCAGAAUUAGAGUGGGUUUGUGGUCAGUAGUUAUGUGGCUGGUAACCGUUGUGGGAGUCUGAGAGGUUCUGUAAAAUAAAAGAAAGAGGAGGAUCUUGUAAGAGCUUUGCUAAAGCCAAAUGGAGUACUAUAGGUUGAGGAGAAGGAACUGGAUCAAAAGCUUUCAGUAAGAAGGUUUAUAGUAAUGUAAUUUGUAACAUAAAUAAAGAUGUUGCUCUCGGCAUCCUUUUAUAAUGCAGCAUGUCUUUUAUGUUAUUGGGACUCUUUAAGAGACCUACGAGAUAUAUUCCCUGCUUCUGCCCAUACUUCUUUUGCAGGAUGCAUUUCCCACCCCCCACGCUCCCAGUAAGAUAGUCAAAGCAUCUCCCUCCACCUUGCUUCGAGCAGUGGAACAACUGCCACCUCAUCCCACCCCCUGUGCCCUGCUAUCUGUCUUUCUGCAUCUACCUACCCUUUGCCCCUAGUAUAUUUCUGGACUGCAACUUAAUAGGAAUACUGCUGUGCUAUCCUGGUUUCCCAGCUAAAGAUAAUGCCAAGAACUGGUAGCAAGGAAAACAAGUUGCAUCAGUUUGGUUUUAUGAUCAGAGAGGUGAUGGCAAAAGUCUUGCAGGCUGACUGACCCAUCCCAGAUAUUGACAGAUAACCUGCUGCUUUCCUUAGACUGCUCUUUCUCCUGUAUAUGCUUUUUGCAUUUAUAUGAUGCAAUGUGGAGAGUGGAGCUCUUGGGAUUUUCAGCGGGGGUUUUGCUUGCUUAUUCUCUGUUUCGUUUGUGACAAUGUCUUUCUCUGUAUUUUAUAAAAUGCAUGGAAUAUUUUUUAAUCUUAUGUUUUUUCUUCAUUUCAUAGAAUAAAUAUUAUAAUGAAUGACUUUGCUAGACUGAAUGUUGCCUUUUUAUUGAAUUAAUUGGGUCUGUAGCAUUAUCUCAAUUCAGGAUUAGUCAAAAGCACUGAAAAUAACAAAGUGCCAUAUUUCAGUGUACAGCACGGUUGCUUUCAGAAUUCCAUUCUGAGCACUCGUAUAUUAAUCCUUAAGGCAGGGUUUUAAGUUUAUUCUCUAGACCCUCCACACAUGUACUUAGUUAGCAAUUGCUAGAAGUGUUGCAUAGACAUGGAAAACUAUUAUGAAAGGUUAAGUAACACUGAAACAGAGAUGGGGAGGAUAUGAGGGGUCUGUCGUCGUCCCCUCUCUGUAUUUUAAGCUCUGAACUGCAGUUUGUGCUGAAAGAUAGCAACAAAGCCAACCCAUAAGUUUGGGGAUUUUUGUCUAUGCUAAAUGCUUGCCUUUUCUUUUUCUGGAUUCUCUGGAGGAAAGAAAAAUUAGGCCAGAUGUCCAGAACUAUACUCUGUGAACCUUGCAGUUGGAUUUUGUAACAUGAUCAUGCCAGAAGUGCAAUAUAUUAUUUUUAGUUAGAAUUAGAUUUACACACUCUAGUUUCAAAUGCAAACUAUGUAUUGUUAUUAAACAUAUAUUUCAAAUGUUAUGUGUAUACUUAAGUGUGUUUCUGAAUCAGGGAUGUAGGAACCAUGCAGAGGAGUUAUGGUAUGUGUGACCAGAACAGCUUCACUCAGCUCUAGGUAAUGUGACAAACGCAGCUCUGAUCUCACCAGAAAUACUCCACUUGUUCUCUUCCCUCCGCUCCUUUGUUUCACUUUCUGUGAUUCCAAACAAGAAACUUCUCAGAAGUUUUCUUUUAUGGAGGAAAUGGAGAGUUGGAAUUUCUCAUUGUGAUGAGCAACAGUUUUCAUCUAUUCCCCAUCACAGUGGCUCCUGCUUCUUGGCUUAGCCAGCAUUUGGCAUUACAGGAUUGUGUUUGGCAAGCCUGGGCCCAGCUCUGUGGCAGAAAGAGUGGCAUCCAUGUUCUGACAGGUUUUUUGUGCUUCAUGCAGAUGGGAUAGGAGGCAUGUUACAGCCUACGUAAUUUUAAACGGUUUCCUUGUUUGUCCUGCAAGCCAAAAUACAUGUGACACAUAGAGGCUCUAACUGGCAACUUUCCAACCUGCUCUAGAUGCUGUAGUUGAUUAUGAAAUGUAGGAUUCCCAGCAACAAUCAUUAAUUAGAUAAAGUUCGUGGCUUCUGUCACAUGGCAGAUCGUGCUAUAGUAUAAAUGUUCUGAGCUUAGAUGGAUCUCCGGGAGUCCUUUAUUUUGGAGUUUGAAGUUUAGCAGUUCCUCUUGAAAACUAACAGAAACGUUUGUGGUUCAUGCUCAUAUGAUACUCUAAUGCUUACAGUCUUCAUCCAUGUUGAGGUGGCUCCUAGAAGUAAUACAACCAGGUCCUCUGACUAGGAGUCUUAUAUAGUACCCUAAAUAAUGGAGGAUGGUUUAGUCUUAUCCUCCCUUUGUGUAAGAUGGGUACAGCCUUCCACCCAUUUC